AUGAAUCCCGAAUACGACUACCUUUUCAAGCUGCUGCUCAUCGGUGACUCGGGUGUCGGCAAGUCCUGCCUGCUCCUGCGAUUCGCUGACGACACUUACACCGAGUCCUACAUUUCAACGAUCGGCGUCGAUUUCAAAAUCAGGACUAUUGAGCUUGAUGGCAAGACGGUGAAGUUGCAAAUCUGGGAUACUGCCGGCCAGGAACGGUUCCGCACCAUCACAUCGUCGUACUACCGUGGCGCCCACGGCAUCUGCGUCGUCUACGAUGUGACGGACAUGGACAGUUUCAACAACGUCAAGCAGUGGCUCCAAGAAAUCGACCGGUACGCCACCGAGGGCGUCAACAAGCUGCUGGUGGGCAACAAGAGCGAUAUGGCGGACAAGAAGGUCGUCGAGUACACAGUGGCCAAGGAAUUCGCCGACAGCCUUGGCAUCCCCUUCCUCGAGACCUCAGCCAAGAACGCCAGCAACGUCGAGCAGGCCUUCUUGACCAUGGCCCGCCAGAUCAAGGAGCGCAUGGGCAGCAGCAUUGCCACGAACAACACGAAAGCCAACGUGAACGUUGCCCCCGGCCACGGUGUCUCCAACAACCAGUCGGGCGGCUGCUGCUAG